AUGUCCACUACUACAACACCAUCUAAAAAGACAAUAUCAAAAGAGGAAUGGGAGAAAAAGCUAGCUGAUGUCAAGAUAAAUAAGCAGGAUCUCAACAAACUCGUUAUGAACUACCUUGUGGUAGAAGGCUACAAGGAUGCUGCUGAACAGUUCAGCAUCGAAAGCGGUUUGGCUCCAAUGGUUGAUAUAGCGUCGAUACAAGAUCGCAUGGACAUUCGACGGGCGGUUCAGGCAGGCAACGUUGAUGCCGCCAUUGAAAGAGUCAACGAUCUCAACCCCGAUAUUUUAGAUACCAAUCCUCAGCUAUUCUUUCACCUUCAACAACAACGAUUGAUCGAGCUGAUACGCCGCGGAGAAUUUGCCGAAGCAUUGGAUUUCGCAUCCGAAGAAAUGGCACCAAGGGGAGAGGAAAAUCCUGAAUUUUUAGAGGAAUUGGAGCGUACUAUGGCGUUGAUGGCGUUUGAAGACACGCGACAAUCGCCUGUUAGCGACCUGCUUCACCCCGCACAACGUCAAAAGACCGCUUCGGAACUCAAUGCUGCCAUAUUGACUAGUCAGAGCCAGGAGAAGGAUCCAAAGUUACCAAGCUUGCUUCGAAUGCUAGUUUGGAGUCAAAACCAGCUGGAUGAACAAAGGAUAAACUACCCGCGCAUCGAUAACUUUGGUACCGCAGAUCUAGUCACUCGCGACCAAUAA